AUGAAAAGCGAACUUCUGGAUCACAUUGGCAUACAAACCUUAAGAAAACAGCUGAAAUCCUCGGCCAAUUACAUGAGAAUCACCAGAUGUCUUUGUUUUGUCACCAUGUUAUUGUCGUACUUUGUGUUUUACGAACUGUUCUCAGUGGCAACCAUGGGAAUCAAGUAUUUGAUCCCACGAACACGCUAUUCGUAUCAAAACUACUUUGCCGCUGGGUUCUGGACUCUUUGCAUUUACGUUCUUGAACUGAACGACGUGGAGAUCGAAAUAGUUGGAGAUCAAUUGGAGGCUGAAAACGCAUUGUUCAUCAGCAAUCACGCGUCUUUGGUGGACUACAUUAUUUAUCCUUAUUUGGUGUUGAAAUCAAUCAGAAAACCCUCAGAACUUGGGUCGGCAAGAAAGCACGAAAAGAACAACGAGCCUGAAAAACUGUUUGCUCAAGACCUGUCCUCAAUUCUACUUCCAAAAGUCAGUUUCUUUACCUGGUACUCGAUCUGGACGAUCCCCAGCUUGAGGGUCUUUAAAAACGUGUUUCAGGCAGACGAGAACUGGGAAUUGAACAACGAAACCUUAGCAUUCGUUUUUAAAGAUCUCUUGGAAUCAGAAGCAAUAGAAUGGCUAGUAACCUUCCCAGAAGUGAACAUCUUUACCAAAAAAGAUGCCAAACUGCAACAGGGUCUUUCGGAAAAGUUCUACCUCCCAAACCUUAAAAACCUUCUUUACCCCCGCUAUUCAAGCUUUGCAAACGUCGUUUCUGGACUACACAAAACCCAGUUCACAAGACUAUAUGACACAUCAAUCAUGUACUACAGACAAGCACCAGGAGAGCCUGUCUCGUUCGAAGCACCGAAUUUAUUAGAAGUAUUUGGUCUCUAUUCAGGUAAAAUAACCAUCAAAAUCCACAUCCAUGCAAAGAUGAUGAGCAGAAUCCCAUUGAAGAGAAACAAAUUAGAAAAAUGGUUGGAAGGUAAAUGGAUCAAGAAAGAUAGAUUGAUCACCAAGCUCAAAGAUGAAGUGAUCAGAGAUGGCCCCCAACAAAUCUAA